AACGUCUGAGAGUGAGUGCUUCAUGUACUUUGAUGCAUUCAGGUGACGGCAGUGUACUCUGCAGGUGGUGCGUUCAAAAACAAAGCUGCGAAAAACACUGGAAAGCGCAUCCUCCAUUAGUGAAAAGACCUUACGUCAAUUCUGAACUAUGGAGCGCUCAAAACAGUGUCACGAUAAUGAAGCGGACAGUAAACCGACUACGAACGAAAGUUCUAUUAAUGGACACUUGGUAAAAAAAGACAACCAGAUCUUGGUAGGCCUAGCUCAAGGGACGGGGACGGCCGGUGAGUCGAGUUCGCACACAGGGUCCUCGGUGGUAGAGGGCUGGACGCAUGAGCGCACCCGAAGUAUGGAAGACAACGAGAUCAACUUGCCUUGUCUUGCGGCUGCCUACACCACUAUUCUCCGGGGGCUCGGGGAGGACCCGCAAAGACAGGGACUUCUAAAAACUCCGUGGAGAGCCGCGACUGCCAUGCAGUUCUUCACCAAGGGCUACCAGGAGAAAAUCAUAGACGUGCUGAAUGACGCAAUCUUUGACGAGGACCACGACGAGAUGGUGAUCGUAAAGGACAUUGACAUGUUCUCCAUGUGCGAGCACCACCUGGUGCCCAUCUUUGGAAGGGUCCAUAUAGGCUACCUCCCCAAUAAGAGGGUGCUGGGCCUCAGCAAGCUGGCCAGGAUUGUUGAAAUCUACAGCCGUCGACUGCAAGUUCAAGAGCGGUUGACCAAACAAAUUGCUGUGGCGAUCACUGAAGCUCUGCAGCCUGCCGGGGUGGGCGUCGUCAUUGAGGCAACUCACAUGUGCAUGGUGAUGAGGGGGGUGCAGAAGAUGAACAGCAAGACUGUGACCAGCACCAUGCUGGGGGUGUUCCGGGAGGACCCCAAGACACGAGACGAGUUCCUCACCCUCAUCAGGAGCUGAGAGGGACGACCGGCCCACAAACCUGCUGCACAGCCCAACUCGGAUCCACUCUCCCUGUCGCCUGUUUGGAGCAGCAGCCGGCACACAGCAAUUUCUGUACAAAGCCUAGAGUCCGGGCUUGGUGGGUGUGUGUGCGUUGUGUGUGUGUGUUUUAUUCCUCCACCCCCUUCCAAAUCAUCACAUGGUCACAUCACAUAGCCGUGUAUGUAUUACUUAAUGCUGUCUGCCAGGUGGCAGGCUUAACCUAAAAAACACUAAACAUUGAGCCAGUGUUUUUAUGGUUGCUUAAUUUUGUCCUUUAUUUUUUUAUUUACUUUUAAUAAGAUUGAACUACCAAUUACAGUAAAUAUACUUACACCUACAUAGGAACAUCCUAAUAUUAAAAACAAUUUAUCAAUCUUGUUUUUUACUUUUAUCCUGAUAUAUUUUUGCAAUAUAUUUUUAUCCAUGUAAGCUAGGACCAUAGGGUUUUAUUCCAAAACUGACAUUAUAGAUUCCGCGAUAUAAAUUAAGGUAAUUUUGCAUUUGAGCCGACAUACACUGAGUGUAAAAAAACAACUUUAAGAACUGCUUUUUCCAUGACAGACUGACCCGGUGAAUCCAGUUAAGAUAUGAUCCCUUAUCGAUGUCACUUGUUAAAUCUACUUCAAUCAGUGUAGAUGAAUGGAAGAAGACCGGAAAAAUAAUUAUUUUUAAGCCUCGAGACAAUUGAGAAUGUGUCCCAUUCAGACAUUGAAUGGGCAAGACUAGAUUUAAGUGCCUUUGAACAGGGUAUGGCAGUAGAUGCCAGGCACACCGGUUUUGUUGUGUCAAGAAUGGCAACGCUGCUGGGCUUUUUUUUUGGUCCACCACCCAAAGGACAUCCAGACAACUUGACACAACUGUGGGAAGCAUUGGAGUCAACAUGGGCCAGCAUCCCUGUGGAACGCUUUCGACACCUUGUAGAGUCCAUGCCCUGACGAAUUAAGGCUGUUCUGAGGGAGGGGGGGUGCACUCAACUCAACUCGCUCUGCGUGUGCUCACUGCUCAUUGAUUGUCUGUAUUGUAAUUGUUUUUAAAAACCUGCCCAGGGACUGUGGUUGAAAAUUUGCCAGUUGGCUAAAACCGGCACUUUUACAGAAACGUUGAACAAUGUGCACUGUCCCAUAAAAAUAAACUCAAACUCAAUAGGAAGGUGUUCUUAAUGUUUUUUACACUCAUUGUAUGCAGCGUUUACCGUGAAUGUCGUCUCCGCUAAAGCAGGAACAUUGCCUUUAAAUGUCAAUUUACGGAUUACUAUAAUCAUAUGUAUUUAACCUUGCCUUAUGCCAAACCUAUUCAAGUGUGGUAAGUGCCCUUUUCACAUGGCAUCAUAUUCCCGCUCAAGCCAAAUGCUUCAAACCCAUUCGUCAAACAAUUACCACUUAGGUCUAUCUGUCAGCCUAUCAGAAGGACCAGUCCCGGUCUACUGUACUUGUCAUUAACUAAUACACUCAUACAAAUUUGGUAGCUACUGCUCCAGGUACUGUAUACUGCACCACUUCAACUUCAGGAAACCAACAAUGAUGGGUUAAUGAACAUGUUAACUGGAGUUCAAAUGAUGUGAUGUAAUGUUGCUGUUAGUUUUGAUUGUUGUAUUUGUCUGUGACCAAAGUUUCCAAAGGUGCAGUUACAAUGACUAGAUGGUGCAAUGAAGGAUGAUUUAGAUGGCACCAAACGGUGUCCAUAAUAGGACAAGCCCGGUCAGGAGGAGUUGUCAGAGGCUGGCCUAAUAUGGACACUGUACAUUAUUCGCCAAUAGUCACACUAUUGUAUGUAUCACAAUAGCGCAAAAGGUACAGAUUGACAAAUGUGUCUCUCUCUGUAUCCCCCAAGUGUGCAUUUCAGAAUUCAGUUUGGGUCUCUAUUGGGCACCACUAGCUUCGUAUCUGUAAGUCGUGUAGGUCUGUGUGCGUUUUUAAUUUUGUGUGUAAUCUACAAGUGUAUUUUCUAAAAUUGUUGAGGGCCAGCCUAGUAUAUAUUCCGCUGACCUCUAUCUUGAGAAGCCUUACUUUUUUUUGGAGGAGAAUUCACUUCCACCUGAUGAAUUCGAAGAGACUAGAGGUAGGAGUCUCACCUCUUGGUAAAGGAACACAUCACCUCUGUUAACCUUCUAAUGUCAACUCUGAAUAUUUCUAUGUAUGUCAGUGUAUAAAUGUUGCAGAUUUCUAUUAGACUUUUUAAAUGUCAAAAUAUGCUGCACUUGAGUACAGUACAAUGCUCUUUGCAAUGUCACGUAUACUGUAUGUUGCAUUUGCAUAUCUGUGAGUGCAUUCUCUAAUAUUUGGCUCUUCUCUCUUCAGCAGGGAGAGAUAAAAAUAUAGUAACAUUUGAAAAAUGUUCAGUAGCUAGGUUUCCAUCCAAUUGGCGAAAUAUUUUUAUGUGAAUAUUCAAAAAAUCACAGCAGAGAUGUUUCCAAGAAAUUGACUUGUUGUAGAUAAAAAAUUUAAAAAAGCUGUGCGUGCUGACCGUGCACAUGAAAAUAACUUCGGCGUUUAAAUUCCCAAACUGUUGUGUUAAUAACCAAUAUGCGCCUUCUGGUUUUGGCGCAUGCUCCAGUGAUGCUAUUUAGCAACUUUCCAGACUACCCUGGCAACUUUCUUUUCCAACCAGCACUUAACAACAAAUUUAGCUACUUUUAAAAAUGUAUGUGGAACCUUUAGCAACUUUUGAAAAGUGACUCAAACGCUAAAACACACGCAUUUUCCCUCUAAAUGACACAAAAACGAUUUUCUCUGUCACACACUUAGUCACAACACACAUGCUGGCUGCAAAAGUGCAGCAGACGCUCAGCUCGUGCACAGGCAGCAGCAGCAAUUUCAGCAAAUUGUAAAUCAUUGUUGGCCGACUGCAGCAGCAGUAGUACGGGUUCGACGAGCCAAACCCAAUUAAUAUAGGUGGUCACCAAUGUUUGAUCUUGAACAGAACUUACAUCAAUCAAAAUUGUACAGCCAGAAGUACAGAAAAUAGUCGGAGUCUGUAACUGAACAAAUCAUAUUUUUUUUGCCGAGAUGGCCAGUCAAUUUGAGUAACGUUAUUGCGUAUUCUACGUAAUGACGCAGUUUUACGUUUUCACGCAAUGACUACACAACGUCAUUUAGCAACAAAUCAACCUGCCUCUAGCAAUUUACCCUGAAAUUUAGUUGGCAACACUGGCAUGCUCUCCGGUCUAGAAGAGUUCGCUGACAACGUGGACAGGGUAGGUUAUAUGAUGCAAUAGCAUUUUUAUUUGUUAAUUGGCAGACAAGUUUUGUUCAUGUAGCCAGCAUUCAAAUAAAACUCUUGAUGGGCAUGUGCAUGAAGUCCAUCCCAUCACAACCGUCAUGAAAGUUCAUCAAAACGAUUUCAUCUGCCUAUAAACUCAAAAUGUUUUUCCAUGUCGCAGCACACCAGAUGUCAUCGCAUGUCUCAAGUUUACUUCGAUAUGUUUAAAAAUAAUAAUAUUUGCACAUAAAGGCUUUCCACCGCAUUUGUCGCAUAAUUAUUUUUUUUUACCGACAAAAUGAUCCCACCAUGAACAAAUGUUCGACAUUUCUACCGAUACUUUCCAUCACACCUGUUGUGAUUUAUUUCCAUACAGUAUGACUUUACUCUCAAACGGUGGAUGGAAACGUUACGAUAAAUAGGAAUAUUAGCAAGCGGUAUAGUUAUAUAUUUAUUGGAAAUAUAAUACUCUGAAAUGGGUAGGUUUUAACCAAUCUGAUUUGGCCAUUGGGGUUGUAUCUGUCAGGGGUGGGAGAAGGUGCGUGCUAUAGUCAGACAGCUCCUACAUCUACGUCUCUGUGGCCUUCUUUAGGAGGACCUGUUCUUUGGGCUCCUUCUCCACUGUCAUUUAGGUUACACUUCUUACUGUGGUCAUUUGAAAGUGUUUUAAAUCAAAUUAAAUGUGUAAGAACUAUGAA